AUGUUCCUGUUUCCUUCUGAUGCAUCCUCUUCACAAUGGCCAUCCGGAUUAGUUAAGGACAUAUCACCCAAAAUAUUUUCUACAGCUAAACACGACCACCAACACGAUGAACAAUCCUCUCCAAAACAUGCUAUGGAUCAAAAGCUUCUAUCUCAUGCUGCUGUCAUUGACAUGUAUUAUCUAUAUCUACAAAUAAAUCCGUUUGAUUUGGGUAUUCAAAGGAAUCAAAAUUCCGUAGCUUUACUUGUAAUAUUUUAUUGUUUGGUCUUUGUACUGGAUAAUUCCAAUAAAAUUUUUCAUCUAAAAUAUAACAAACCAACCGAGCAAGAAGUAGCUAGAGAUAUAGAAUAG